GCAUGCAUUUACAAAAAUGGCUGCCCCCAUGUGUUUUUAAAUUUUUCACAACAAAUAUAGUUUUUUGUCGUCUCUGAGUCCGAAAAUGCUGUAUGGAGAGGAGGAAGAUGGUACAGCACAGUUAGAAGAGAUGGAGACUGAAGGAGAAACUGUAACAGGGAUGGAGCAUCUCUCAAAAAGACAGCGCAGGAAGCGACUGAAGUACCUGCGAAUCACAGAGAACCGUCGGCUACACAGGAAGGAGAAAAAGAAGGAGUCUCAACAGAGGAAGAAAGAAAGAACAAAACUGGAAUGUCUCGCUAAAGUAGCUGGAGAUCAACUGCAAGAGGGUGCUGCACUACCCACAUCAGCAGCAUCGAGCAGGGAAGGGCAGAUGAGCAAGCUAGAACGUCAGAAAUGUAUCAGAAGGAAGCUCACAAGGGCCACGGAGCAAGGACUGAAGGUGGUCCUAGACAUGAGCUUUGGAGAAAAGAUGACACAGAAGGAAGCGUCUCGACUUGCAGGCCAGGUGGGUCGAGUUCACGGCGCCAACAAGUUGUCAGAACGUCCCUUCCACGUGUACCUGACCAGUCUGAUGCAGGACGGCAUGCUCCACAGGGAGUGUGUCCGCAGGAAUGAAGGGUUCCAACACUUCCUGGGGAUUGAACAGACUUCAAAGCACUUUCUGGAAGUGUUUGAGAAAGAAGACAUUGUCUACCUCUCUCCAGAUUCUCCAAAUGAUCUCUUAGAGCUGGAUGACAAGAAGGUGUAUGUUAUUGGAGGACUCGUGGAUGAAACAGUACAGAAGAAUGUGACCAUAACACAGGCCACAGAAAAGGGUUUACAGACUGCCAAACUCCCCAUCGAUGUGUUCAUGCAGAGACAACCCGGCAGCAAGGGCAACAGCAUCCUAACAGUUAACCAAGUGUUUGAGAUUCUACUGAAGUUUUACACCACCAGAGACUGGAGGAUAGCUCUUCCCGUCGGUCUGCCAGAGAGGAAAAGUUUCGUUCUCAAACCUGACGACACUCUGCCAAAAGAUGUUUUGAAGCAGCAGGGGGUCUUUCCUCCUGGUUAUGACAAGGAUACCGACUGGGGAGAAGAGACAACAGAGGAUUCUGAAGAAGACACAAGAAGUGAUGAUACCAGACAUGGUCCAGACGGUAGAAAAGAUGAUUCCAUAUCUACAACAAAGGACAACAAUGAUAUCACCACAUGAAAGCUUCCUCUGGGCCUUUUCUCAUUUUCCUACCUAUAAGAAAUAAAUAGUUGCCAAGAAUAGUGCAAAUCAUGGAAGUGGCCAUACACAAGCUGGAUUGAAAAGUGUGAAAUAUGAAAUAUAAGAGAAAUAUGUCAAGGAUAUUUGCAUAUA